AUGUACAAGAAACAGCAAUCGCCUACCAAAGACGUCAAUGUCAACAGAGGCAACACACAGGGCGCGUCAGGAUUUCCUACUGUCGGUCCUCCCGGCUCAGCACCUCCCGCCAAGCCUGAGAAGUCGCAAGCUAUCGUCUGGACCAUCUCCUCGCUCCUGGCCGGCGGCAUAGCAUUCUAUUGCGCCAAUCUCUACGUCGCAGCGGAUCAGCCAUGCCAGAACCCCGCCAUCAAAGACGUGAAAGAGCAGAAGGACGUAGCAGGUCGAUAUGACUACACAGCCGACAGUUUCGACAGCGAGGUUGGCCUCUCAGAAUGGCUGAUGGGUGUAAAUGGCAUACGAAAGGCGCUCCUCCAGACGUGCACCGGCCAUGUGCUGGAGGUCAGCUGCGGCACAGGCAGGAACUUGGGAUACUACGAUAUCGGAGAACACGGCAGAGUUGACAGCCUGACUUUCGUGGACCUCAGUCCGCAGAUGGUCGAGGUGUGCAGGAAGAAGUUCGAUGCGCUCUUUGGCAAUGAGAGGAUGGGACUGAAGUCCGGACUAUCGAUACGAUUCCUGCCAGGUUCUGCCCUCGGCCAGAUGCCACUUGCUCCUACCGAUCCGCCGAAGAAGUACGACACCAUCAUACAGACCAUGGGUCUGUGCAGUACGGACAAGCCAGUGGAGAUUGUAGCGAACAUGAUGGAGCACCUGGACACAGCCAAUCCGGAAGCGCGAAUCUUGCUGCUGGAGCAUGGUCGUAGCUAUCGGGACUGGCUGAACAACAUUCUGGACAAUUCUGCCGAGAAGCACGCUGAGAUUCACGGGUGCUGGUUCAACCGCGACAUUGGCGCACUCGUGGAGGAAGCGGCCGGGCAGGUCGGCCUUGAAGUAACCAGAGAGCGGAGACAUCAUCUGGGCACAACUUGGGUCUUUGAGCUGAGGCCGAAGCAGAGACAUCUGCAGAACCAGAACGCUGAAGUGGAAGAGAAGGGCGAGCGCGGCUCGUGGUUCGGCUGGUUCAAGUGA